AUGUCGGCCCCUACUACUGAGCAGAUCCGCCAGCUGAGCGAGCAGGUCGUGGAGUUCGCCCCCCAGGUGACCCAGCGCCGGCCCUCGACCUUCCUGUCGCUGGCCCCCAAGACAUCGGACUCCUACCCGCGGGCGCAGCGUGCCAAGCAGCAACCUCUCACCACCGAGGCCCUCGCCCAGGUCACGCAAACGGAAGCUGCCGCCGUCGCCGUCGAGGAAGACGCGACCAAGCGCCGCACUUCCAGCCUCGGCAGCGAUGCCUCCAAGUUCCGCUUCCUCAAGCUCGGACCGGUCCACUGGGGAGAGCACCAGGAUGACCACAAGGACGACUUCCAUGAGGUCGUGAACGAGGUGGCCGUCGAGUGA